GAGUGAUGUGUAAAUAGAGGAAUAUAACGCUGUACAUGUUCUGGAGCGGCAUUACCAACCCCAGGGCCACAGGGAUUGUGUUCCGUCAGUCAUCAUAAAGUAGAACCCCAUGUUGCAACAGGCUCUAUCUAGGGAGUAAACAUGGAGCUUCAAACAUGGAUUCCUGUUGCAAUGACGCUUGGUGUGUUGAUACAGGAGGUGUCUGGACUCAAGUACAUGAUCAAUGCGAGUGUGAUGGGGUACCCUGACUCAGAGGACGCCGAUAUGUACAGAGAGAUCGCUGACAUGCUACUUGACGGGGAUGACUUCUGCGCCAUCAACUUCAAGAAGCUGUCGUACGACACCACCAACGGCAGCACGAUCUACAACAGUCUGACAGCAGCCAGAAGGAAUUCUGACAACCAAUUCACAACCGUCACAAUUGGCCCUUAUAUAGACAUGUUUACCUCAAAGUACGUCAUCAUAAAUCAACGUCACAUACUGACGUCAUCAGUCGGUCAGAGAGCGAAAGAUUCUGACAGCGUUGUUUCGAUACUUCCGGAACAACAUAGUUUAUCCGUGGCUGUGGCGACCAUUGCGAAAAGGUUGAAAUGGAAUAACGUCGCCCUUCUGUCUCAAGAUGACUUUUCAACAGUGUUGACUUUGGGGAUCUACGGCAUUGAUGUGUCCCCGAUCCGGCUUCCCUCUCGGAUCAGGUCGGAUGAGGAUGCGGAGCUCGUGCACAACCUGAUGGGUCUCCGGGCUUCCCAGAAAGAACGCAUCAUCCUCCAUUCGGCCAAGCGAGACACCGUCACACAUGUCAUGAGAGCCGCCAAACGACUGCACCUUCUGCACCACUCAAUUGAAUGGCUGGUCGACUACCCGGAUUUUGAAGACAUUAUCAAUGACGAGAAGUCAUGGCCCGGCACCAUAUUUGGACUGCAACUACUACGGGAGAAGAAGGUCCCAGCAAAUGUGUCACAGGUCGCCAGGAGGAGGCGCAAGACGAGGCUUGAGAUGGGUCUGGCAGUGGAUGUCGUCGGUCUCCUACGCCAUGUCCUUCACACAAAGGACUGUAGCCAGCAACCUCCAGCUGAUGAUGUCAUGAUCGCAAGAGAAUUCAAUCAUACUUUGUCUAAGGUAUCGCCUUACCAAGGGGCACUGGGGCAGUACAUGUGGCACAACCGUGACCGCAGCAACUACUCCGUCGACAUCCUCUGCUACAGACAGAGCCUGAAAACGGUGGGUAAGUGCACCUUCAUGAAUGGCACGGCGAAGAUUCGGAUGAAGAACGUGACCGUACAUAACAGCGCUACUCGGGGCAGUCAGUGGGUGGAAAAGCUGAGAGUCGUGGCACGCUUACGCGAGCCCUUUGUGAUGAAGAACUUCGAGGGGAAGUACGAAGGUUUCAACGUCGACCUUCUGGAGAUGAUCUCGAGGAAGGUGAACUUCACCUAUGAGAUAUACGACGUCGAAGAAAGCGCCCACUUUAACAAGUCUGACGCUAUGGUUGUGGAGCUUCUCACGGGGAAUGCUUCCAUGGCUAUUGGGGACCUGGAGGUGACGGCGGAGACUGAGGAGGUGAUCGCCUUCUCCCACACAAUCCUCUCCACCACCGCCAGCAUCCUGUCCAGAAGGGCCACCAACUCCAAGACCUACUUUCUCUUCCUCGGACCCUUCUCCAUGGGCUUAUGGUUCAUGAUCCUGGGGUUUAUACUGGUAGCAGGGACUGCCCUGUACACCAUGAGCCGGUUCGACUACACCCAGGAGAACAGCGAGCAGAGGUUCGACCUCAAGGAGAGUCUGUGGUAUUCCGUUAAUGUCCUACUGCAGGGCACCACAGAGUAUUCCCCCCAGACGACGUCCAUGAGGACCAUCAUUGCCUUCUUCUGGUUCUGCGUCCUCAUCAUCGACGCCGCCUACACCGCCAAUCUGGCCGCCUACCUCACUCUACAACAGAUAGAUAACAGGAUCCGAACAGUGUACGACCUGGCCGGCCAGACGGAGUUGUUGUAUGGCGUGAGGAUGAACAGCAAUCUGAUGACCUUCUUCGAAAAUGCCAAGGAGGACCCGUAUGAGCGUAUGUGGGCAUUUAUGAAAGUGGAAGGUACGUUGUGGUCUGACACCAACAUGAUAAUUGAGUCGGUGAAGGAAGGGACAUACGUGUUCAUUGCUGAAAAAGUCGUCAACGACUACUACGCACUGCGGCAUUGCGAACUGGAGUCCAUUGAGCAGAACUUUGGUCAGAAGGAUUUCAGCCUGGGCUUCCCACGCGGGGCUCCUUACAAGGACGAUGUCAACAGAGCGCUGCUCUCUCUGAAGGAGGAAGGGAAACUAGAUACCCUCAUUAAAAGGUGGUGGACGUCCCGUACCAACUGUACGACAGACACGGACACACGGUCAGUCACCAACAAGGCCACUAAGGAGCUGGAGGUCACCCACAUGUACGGCGUCUUCAUGGUCCUCGGGGCCUUCGUCGUCCUCGCCGUCAUCGUGGAGGUCAUUGAGAGGAUUAACACAUGUGUCGAGGACAGGAAAAGAAAGAAGGAAAAAGACGUGAAGGAGGACCUCCAGAGGCCCACGACGUUGAGCGAGGGGUUCCUCCCGCAGGCUGUGGAGGCCGUCGCCGAUAUAGACAAGAAGGAAUAUUGAUUAAUUUUGAUGUAUUGGCUUUAAUAUAAUAUUUUAUGGAUAGUAGAUAGUAGUUUUUCACAAGUCUUCACAAGAGUCAUUUCUCGAUGUAGUCAAAUAUACUGAAAAGCAAAAGUUCCUGUGACAUUGAAU